GUGUGUAUUAGUGUCGGGAAAACAUUUGGCCUCAUUCUGUUUCGCCACAAGAACUCUGCCAGGUGAGGAAAGGAGAAGCUAUCUCUGUACUUUCACUGAGCCAGAUGUCUCCAAUGCAGAGGAUGUAGUUAAGGCCCUCAAGCCAAUGAAAGAUGCUACUACACUUAUAUCAGAGGAGAACAGCCCCACAGUGUGUUUGAUUGCCCCACUGCAAGCUCAACUCUGCCAGGAAACGACGGGCAACAUUACAGAAUCAUCAAUUAUCCUCGAGUUAAAGCAGGUCAUCAACGAGGACCUCAGUAAAAGGUACACCUCUGACCUAGAGAGAAGCACACUUCGUUCAGCUUCUGCUCUAGACCCGAGAUUCAAGGGAUUGCCUUUCCUUUCUGAGGAGGAUAUAGAGGAGACAUGUGGAAGAGUUGUUGCUGAGGCUGCAUCACUUGAGCCACAGGUAAGAGUCGAAGAUGACGAAAGCCAGCCCAACACAGAGGACACCCACACCACAGAGGAGCAGAGCCAAAGCCCCUCCCCUCCCAAUAGAAGAGCUGCCCCCUCUUUGCAAAACCCCUCUCCUCCCAAGAGAGAAGCACCAUCCUCUUUGCCAUGCCCCUCUCCUCAUAAGACACGAGCUCCAUGCUCUUUGUUGGAGAAUCUGCUGGGAAUACCUUCGCUGGUAACACAGCUCAGCAGCCCAUCUCUGCCUAUGCUAAAGCUGAGGAGGAGGUUAGCAAGUUCCGUGGUGCUCCACUAAUUCCUCUCUCUGAGGACCCUCUCAGCUGGUGGAGAAAGAAAGAGGUGAUGUAACUCCUGCUUUCCAAGUUGAGCAUGCGAUACUUCUGUAUUCUGGCCACCAGUGUCUCUGCAGAAAGAGUCUACUGCAAGGGAUAUCGUGACUGCCCAACGGAGUCGACUAGCUCCUGUUCUUACACAAUAACUUGCAUAUUCCAUGAGCAUCCACCAGUUAUUAACUGGAAAUUAAGCACCUUUACUGUUACUGUUUGUUUACUAAUAUGUUGCACUUCCAUAGUACCCAGCCAUGAUUUAAUUGUAGCACUGUUAUGCUAUUUCUGUUUACUUUUCUACCUCAUAUUGCACAGUGUUUUUGUAUGAGAGCUGAAUUCCAAGCCAUACUUUUUGCACAGUGUUGAAAUGCAAGAGGCAUAACACUGUGUAGCAUAAAGUUGUUGUUUUUCUGUCUCAGGUAUUUGCUGCUUAUUACCAAUAACAGGAGGAUUUUGUGUUUGAAGUCUUAUAUAAUUGACUAAGAGCAGCUUUACAUAGAAAAAGAUUAGACAGAAAAGAAAAAUUCAUGUGUUUAUGUUUUACAUACUAUUGUGUUGAAAUGCAACCUGCAUUGAU